AUGUCUAUGGAUUUAACUUCUAAACAAGUUAAAAAUUUAAAAGAUGAUAUUUCACAAUCUUCUAUUACCAAAUCUAGUUCUAUUCCUUCUCUUCCAUUUUCUCUUAACUAUUCUGUUACCUCAACAUCUAUAAAGCUACUCUUGUCCUCAAAGGUUACCCAGCACAUAUUGGCUGUAUUCACAAACUUAGACUCAAGCCAAUUCCUCAAACUCAACUACUUACAUCUAUUGCAU